CAUCUUUCCGCCCAGGUUGUCACCACCACAGCGCCGCGUCCCCUCCGCUGCAACACUCUCUCGACUUUGCCGCGCGGGCAGACUUGGACUGCGACUGGCCUCCUCGAAUGUGCGCGCGCUCCGCCUCCAACAUGCGCAAGAGUGCACAGCCAGUCUCCUUCCCGCCCAUGACGAGCCUGCCUUGAGGGGCACCUUCCCACACCAUCAUGGCGACAUGGACGAGGGCCUCUGCGCGGCUCCUCCCGGGGCCGGCGCGCCCGCCGUUGCUGUCGCUCUCUUCGACUCAGCAUCCCACAGCUUCCUUUGCGCAGAACGCGCGAUUCUCCUCACAUUGCGUCUCGGCCCGGUGGCUCCCUCAACCCCGGCCAUCAGCGAUAUUACUGCAGCGCACCCUGCCUACAUUUUCUGUACAUACCCACUUCUCCUCAACUCGGGUGGUUGCCCGUGAUGCCACUCGACCACCGGCGGCGAAUACGACUGUGAAGGAUGCAGUGCCUGCUGCCAAAUCAGCAGAUCCAGGGACUCCCGCCGCUUCUACUGCCGACCGAGAGCCCGCAUCAGAAAGCCCCGCAGACAACAAUGAUAGCGUGGAGCCGGCAAAGAAGCUCGAGUUUGGACGGAGCGAAAAGGCCAACAGGGCUGCCGAGGUCAACUACGCGGCGCGCCUGUCCAAAGAGGGCAAGGAACCUAAAAAGUCACGAUGGUCCGCCCUCAGUGAUGCCAAGAGGCUGCUGUCCUUAGUCAAGCCCGAGACCAAGCCGCUCGCUGGCGCCAUUCUGCUGCUUCUUGUCUCGUCCGCAGUCACGAUGACGGUACCCUGGUCUGUCGGAAAAAUCAUGGACCUGUCGAACGUCCCGCUCAACGAGGCCAACAUCUUUGGGCUGUCCAUCUACGAAUUCUUCGGAGCAUAUAUCGCAAUCCUCUGCCUCGGAGCCGCCGCCAACUGGGGGCGAAUCAUGCUCCUGAGGGUUAUCGGUGAGCGUGUUGUCACCAAGCUUAGGUCCAAACUGUACACGAAUACACUGCGUCAGGAUGCCGAGUUCUUUGACGCCAACCGCGUGGGAGAUUUGAUCUCCCGUCUUGGUUCCGACAGCGUCAUUGUUGGCAAGAGCAUCACACAAAAUGUCUCGGAUGGUUUAAGGUCUCUUGUUUCCGGUAUCGCUGGCUUCAGUGCCAUGAUCUGGAUAAGCCCGACGCUCACCAUGGUACUCGUCUAUACUGCUCCAUUCUUGGGUGGUGCUUCGUUCAUCUACGCCAAGAUUAUCAGAAAGCUCAGCCGAGAGAUGCAAAAGAACAUUGGCACAAUGACCAAGAUUGCAGAAGAACGCCUGGGUAAUGUUAAAACUACCCAGGCUUUCGUUGGAGAGCAGCAAGAAGCAGCCCGGUACCACAAACAAGUGAAGAAGGUUUUCGACAUCGGGAAGAAGCAGGGGCUCAUGGACGCUCGGUAUUUCUCCACGACCGGUUGGAUGGGUAACAUGACCAUUGUUGCCCUGCUCUGGUUUGGUGGGGAUGCUGUGCGUAAUGGCUUGAUGACCCCAGGAGACAUGACAACCUUCAUGUUCUAUACAUUCUUUGCGGGCUCGAGUCUGUUUGGCCUCUCUCAGUUCUGGUCUGAGCUGAUGAAAGGAGUUGGUGCGGCCGAUCGCCUUUUUGAGCUGCAAGAUCGCCGAACCACGAUACCGCCAACCAAGGGCCUCCCAGUCAAGUCGGCACAGGGCAUCAUCAAGUUCGAAAAUGUCCAUUUCGCCUACCCGACGCGGCCAGCUGUCAAGAUCUUUAACGGACUGAACUUCGAGAUUCCUUCAGGUAGCAAUGUCUGCAUUGUUGGGCCAUCUGGAGGUGGCAAAUCAACAGUCUCCUCCUUGCUCCUGCGUUUCUACAAUCCAACCUCGGGAGCAAUCACAAUCAACGGUACCAACAUCACCGAUAUGAAUGCCAAGUCGCUGCGACGUCGCAUCGGCAUGGUCGGCCAGGAACCUGUGCUUUUCUCGGGCACUAUUGCUGAAAACAUCUCAUACGGCAGACCGAACGCAACACGUUGGGAGAUCGUACAAGCGGCUCAGAAGGCCAAUUGUUCAUUCAUCAGUGAUUUCCCCGAUGGACUUGAGACUCAAGUUGGUCCUCGCGGAGCACAACUAUCUGGUGGCCAGAAGCAGCGUAUUGCAAUCGCUCGUGCUUUGGUCAAGGACCCCGACAUCCUCAUCCUCGAUGAAGCCACCUCGGCGCUGGAUGCAGAGUCGGAAACGCUUGUCAACUCUGCCCUCGCGGAGCUUCUCAAAGGCCGCAACACGACCAUCUCCAUUGCACACCGACUUUCCACAAUCAAGCGAUCCGACACGAUCAUUGUCCUGAGCAGCGACGGUACCGUCGCCGAGGUUGGGCGUUACAAGGACCUCAGCGCAAACCCCGACUCAGCCUUCAGCCACUUGAUGGAGUGGCAGAUGAGUGGAGGCGAUGUGCCAACCACACCAUCACACGUAGUCGACGGUCGUGUGGCGGAGCUCGAAGACCUCGAGGAUGAGUUUGCAGGGGAGCGAGAUCAGGAGCACUUUGAGGAAGAGGAAGAGGAAGAGCAUCGAGAGGGUGAAAACCCUGAGGAUGAUAAAUCCCGCAAGUAAUCGGACAUCGACAGCGAUACCCCAAAGGAGCAGCACUCGCACAUUGAGCAAGGGUUUUGGGCAUUCACCACUUCGCUUGGACACAUGGAUGGAAUGCGAGAGAUGGUUGAGCUGGGCAACAGCAGAGCGAACCAUGGAACAAUCAUACAAAAUCGAAUUGGUCUCGGACGGCCUGGGAUACAUUGUAAUUGUCUAGACAACGUUUAAAGUACAUAAAUAAGAAAUGUUGUACAGUUCUCCGCUCAACAAGCCUGUAACUCACUGGGAAGUCUAGCCCCAAGAGUCUUACGAAGCUAAAAUCACGCUGGGAAG